AUGGAAAAAGCUUCAGAGAACAAACUUUCUAGUUACUUUGUACCUCUAACCCAAGACCAAAUCAAAAAUGAAGACGAGAAUAUCGAUUAUUACGACGAGUAUUGCAAACUUUAUGUGUACAAUUUAUUGUUAAAACAAAAAAUUGAUGAGCUUGCAGUUGAGAAAGACCGCUUUCAAAAAAGACUUUCAAACCUUGAAGAAAGCCUGUCAAAUGGUAAGAAAAAAAGACAUAGGCGAACUGCGGAUAAAAUUGAAAGGCAUUAUACCUGCCCAAUAUGUGGGAAAUCUUAUGGGUCAGAAGCUUCGGUAAAUAACCAUGUCAAGCUUAAACAUUCUUAA